UCAUGUGACCUGUCAUGUGAGCCCGGAGCCAUGGCCGAACAUACUGUCACCAGCGCCAUCCUACGGCUGACCCUGGAGAUCAUCUACCUGCUGACCGGAGAGGAUUAUGGUCCAUUGAACAAAACCUCUGGAGAAUAUGGAAGAAGAAGCAGGACCCCGAGCCCCAUCACAGGGACCCCUCCAUCAGUGAUCAACGAGCAGAAGAUCCUGCAUCUCACCAACAAGAUGGUGGAGCUGCUGACUAGAGAGGUUCCUAUAAGGUGUCAGGAUGUGGCGGUCUAUUUCUCCAUGGAGGAGUGGGAGUAUGUAGAAGGACACGUGGAUCUGUACCCGGACAUUAUGGAGGACCCCCAGCCCCUCACGUCACAAGGGUCACCUAUCGGUGAGAAGAGUCCAUGCAACUACCUAGAAACCAAUCAUGUUGAUGAUCAGAAAAGUUCUAUAAAAUCCCUGACAGAACAUAAAGCGUGUGAAGUGGAGAUGGUGCCGGAGUCAGAGGCCACUGUACAGUCCGCUCCACCUAGAGGGAAGAACAUCAAGGAUGGUGACUGUCGCAACGCAGCAGAUCCCUCACAGAAGCAUCUGUCUGCUGAUUCCAGAGAGAAGUCCAUGUCAUGUGAUGGUGGAGGAAACUUUUCUACACCCACCGGUCAUCUUUGUGUUAAAGAGGAACACUUCCCAUGUGACGAUUCACCCAGGUCUGAUCACGUGAACCCCUCCGGUCAUGUCCGGAACUCAAAUGUUCAGGUUAAAGAGGAAUUAGUGCAGUGGGAUGGCGGAGGCCUUCCAGAGUCUGACUUUUAUGUCCCUGUCGACCUUUGUCCGGAGAGCGGCUUUAACAUGUAUCCACCAGUAGAGCAGCUGUAUACGGACGUGGGGAUCCUGGACUACGACAACUGGGACAUCGGCUCGGAGAACGUCGGUCACCCGUCGGUGAUAAACUUUACCGAACACCCGGAGAUCUUUACCGGUAGAUCCGUAUUUCCAAUGAUUUCAAGGCCGAUCCCCGGAGAUAAGGCAGCGACUUGUCCCGACUGGUGGAAAUCGAUGGCCGGUAACUCCGGUAUGGAGAACCCUACAGUGCGGCCGGUUGUUAGUUACGAACGAGAGAAAAGAUUUAACAAAACCCCCGACUUUUUCCACCAAUCCCGAUUCAUCCCGAGAGAAAGUCGGUUUUUCUGUUUCGAAUGUGGAAAAUCUUUCUCCACCAAACCGCAUCUCAUCCGGCACCAGAGGAUUCACACCGGCGAGAAGCCCUUCUCCUGCUCCGAAUGCGGCAAAUGCUUCAACCAGAAAUCUAUCCUGGUGACGCACCAGCGGACGCACACGGGGGAGAAACCCUUCGUAUGUUCCGUCUGCGGGAAGAGUUUCAUCAAGAGUUCCAACCUGGUGUCGCAUCAGAGGGUCCACGGCGGGGAGAAGCCCUUCUACUGCGCCGAAUGCGGCAAAUCCUUCAUGAAGAGCUCCAGCCUGUUCGCCCACCAGAGGACUCACCGGACUAGGAAGUUCUCUUAUUUCUAGAGGCGUUGUGGAUAAUUCUCUCAUUUGUUAAUUUAAUAUUUUUGUUUUGAAUAUAAUAUAAUGACUUUAUAAAAUCUUAUGGUGAUGGAUACGUCAGUAUUGGAGCGACGCUUGGGCGAGCGCAGACAGUGCAGGACAGCACCAUAAGCCAGUGUUUC